AUGGAGCAGUCCACGACACAGAACCCCAUACCAGGUAUGCCCAAUGUGGCUGCUCCUGGUCCACAGGGAUCCCUACCCUCAGAUUACUGGCCGGCAGUACUGGACCCCAUCUUUGCCGACCAACCACCUCAAUCCCAGAAACUACCCCAAUCCCAGCAAGAGCCAUUGGGGAUGAGCUGGGAUAGCCCGAUAUUCCAGCAGCAGCGGGUUAGCCAGCUGUCUGACCAAAAUCAUGGCAUCUACCCUGCCAUCCCACAGUCAUGGCAGCCGAAUCCACUGCACCAGAACCCCGAAUCCAGAGGCUACGCAGCGCAGUACCACCCACCUUCCCAAGAUCCUCAAUACCAACAGGGCUCGAUGUCAUAUGACUCCCGCCCCCUGACACCUUCCGAAUCCUCUGCCUUUCCAUCCUACUCGUUCCAACAUACCUACCUCCCGCAACACCUUUCGGCUCAAGAAUCGUUUCCGCAGCAAGCUGCUCCGCAACAACUACCACCACAACGGCCCGCGGGGUAUCGGCCUAUUCAACCGAACUACCCGGGGUUUCAUAAUGGCUUGCUGAACAACACGAUUGACCUGACCGCUGGCGACUACGCGGACCCCGAACAACGCGUCCCCCAACACAACACCAUCAACCCUCAAUUCCUGAACUCUGGACUUCAAGCCCCGACCCAGCAGUAUCAAACUGCGUCCAACAGCUUCCUCUACGUAAACCCCUCCGAGUUUGAACGGGCAGACAGUGGAAAGUAUGGAUGGUUAUACAUCUAUAAGAAGGACACAGGCUUACUUGUUCGUACUAGACUCAAUUUUAAUUAUUUCCAAAACGAGAUUUCGCUUCAACCACCACAACCACCCGCUGUGCAUCAAUCGGGCGGCCAGGGACCGUCAGUCCAGCCAGGUGUGUUCUCAACGAGCCUAUACUUUUCCACCUUGUGUUUGCUGACCUCAGAAGGACACAAAGUCCCCUACCCACAGGUUGUGAUCCCGGUCAAGAAGACUGUUGCCAAAGGAAAACCCCCGGCGAAGAAGGCUGGCACCAAGGCAGCCGCUAAGGCAGCCACCAAAAAGCCAUCCAAGUCUUCGUCUCCAGGGUCAUCUACCGGCAGCUCUGACGAUUCCGAACUUGAGAUUGAAGCCCCUCCCGAGCCAUCCCCAAUCCCUCCCAUCCGACCGACCGAGCCCUUUGCCGCGGCUGAAUAUGACACGCUUCAAAUAGUGUGGUCCCCACGGAACAAGCGAGCGAGCGUGGAUAAAGUCAAGAGUGCAUUAACUGGAUUCCAACAAAUCACGCAGGUGGUCCGAGAUACAUGGAAACAGAAAGUUCAAGCGAUGAAUGUUGCCGAAAACAAAGGUGACAACGUCACGGCCACAAUGCUCAAGCAUGAGGUCGUCUCCCAACGGAAUACGAUGGAUAAGAUCGUGAGCACGGCGCUGGAGAUGGGACACCCUACGGUUGUCGAGAAGUUGGGAGAACAUCCAAGGAUCAUGGCGCAGAUCAACUCGUUUCUUGCGGACCGCUUCCAGGCGGCCGAUUUCGAAGGCACAUUGACUCUGAACCUUCUGAGGCUCCUUGCGCGCUUCGUAACUGUGGAUGAAGAGUUGCUCCAGAAGACAAAUAAUACCAAAGUAGUGACAAAACUUGUGAAGAAAGGUGGGCAAGUCAAAGAGCUUUCUCAGAAGAUCUUGAACAAUGCGGCGGCUUCUACAAAGCGGAAGCAGAGCAAUGGAAAGUCUUCUUCUAAAGAGAAUUCGCCCAUGAAGAGUCCCAUGGACUCUGCCUCGGUGAAUGGCUUCAAGACUGAAGUAGCUGGCUCCAAACGGCCUCGCGAGGGUGAUGGCAGUGCCCAGCCCGCAAAGCGAAUGCUUGUAACCGCAAACCCCAAGACUGCUACUGCCACCAAUGGUCCGGCGAAGCGGACAGGACCCGGUGCCCAGCUAGGCAAGUCUACUAUAGCUGCGCGUCCCAAGGCCAACAUCGUCGCUCCCAAUCCGUCUAGCCUGUUUGGUAGCUUGAGCUCUGCUUCAAAGAAGCCAGGGACGACGAAUGCGGAGAGAAAGGCUGCUGCCGCCGCCGCAAAGCCUGCUGCUCCCCCUCCUCCGAGGCCUCCUCCGACCUCUCUCGGGGAUAUCAUGGCCGGUCUCGAUAAGCCCAAAGAGCCCGCGCCUGUAAAGCCCGCGGAGGAUCAACCCCCCGAGACCGAAGAAGAGCGUAAAAAGAGAUUGCGGAAGGAAGCCCGUCGCAAACUGCGCGUGACGUGGAAACCAGAUGCUUCUCUGACUGAAGUUCGACUCUUCACCCAUGAUCCCGAUGAAGAGCUGGGCCCUGGUGACGGCUCCAUGCGCGGAGCCGGUGACGUCAAGGGAGAAGGUAGCGUGCUCAAAUUGCACAAGAAUAUGGAUGAACUGGAGGAAGAAGAUCCUGGCUUGAAAGAGACCAGUUUCCACGAAUACCGCGAUCUCUCUGAAAUCGUUAUUGAAAGUGAGGAUCUGAAGGGAGUCAACUUCUUCAAGCGUCACGGCAACAAACAGCCCACGAGCCCGGAGAAGGAAGCCCAGGAGCAUCGGGAGUCUACUACACUCAUGGUCUUCUACACCAACCCGGCCGAGAUCCCUCCCUCCCCGAAGGAGCCACCUGCUGUCGACCCCGACGAACCUGCUACUGCCGAAGUUCCGUUCGGGGAACUGCCUGACUUGAUCAAGACUCGUCAGGAACGCUUCCACAACCAUGUGAAACCUAACUCUGCUCCGCAGUCCAAUACCGCAGCUCCAGGAUCGGACAUCGCUGAUCUUCUGAAGAGGCUCGGACAACCUGCACCUGUGGUGCAACAGCCUGCGCAGCAGCAGCAGGUUCCAACGUUUGAUCUCGAGAAGACAGUCCAGAUGCUGAGCCAACAGCCCCAGGUGCCGCAGGUUCCACAGCUCCCAACCUUCCAGCCACAAGGACAAGGCUUCGAUAUGCAACAGUUCUUGGCCUUGAUGCAAGGCCUUAUUCCUUCGCACGCCCAGCAGCCACAACAGGCUGAGAGCCUGGCGGGGCUCGGUGCGACAUUAUCCCAAAUGCUUGGACAAAACCAGCAAGCUAUUCAGCAGCAGUAUCAGAGCCAGGGAUACGAAGAUCCUGAGCGCAAACGCAUGCGCGGAAACAACACAUACGAUGACGAAUCAGAAUGGAGUCGGCAGAAGCGCAGCAAAAACGGGCCCAUGCCGCAUCCCAAAGCUGGAUCAGUGGCCUGCAGAUUCUGGAAAGAUGGCAUGUGCAGAAAAGGGGCUAACUGCACGUUCCGCCACGACAAUUUUGACUAA